CCCCGCUCUGCCUCCACCCACAAUUAUGCCUCCCCAACCCAAAAACCCAUAAACCAAACCCCAUGCAUUUACAUUAAUUGCGCCAUUAAUUAUUUAAAUCACGCCAAUUUUUAGCUGUUAAUUAAAUUAAUUAAAGUUAUUUAAAUAUGUAAGUACUGAGCAGCUGCAGCAGAAGUGUCUGAAUGGAUCUGUGUGAGUGGAGCUCUCCAUAACUCUUUCUCUCUCUAGAACCAGAAGCUCCGAGAAUUUUAUGUCAUUUCCGAAACGGGUUCGUUUUCGCUUCGGAUCGGGUCCUGCAUUUCUACAAAUCGGAGCUGUGUGAUCGGCGCUGCAUGUGCAUGGGAUAAGGAUUGCAAGGAUCUGAUUCGUUUUUUGUCUGAUUGGAUGGUCUGAUUGGGGUUGAAGAUGAACCCGCUGUGCUGCAUUGCGCCGGUUUCGAUCGAUCGGGACCGGGGCACGCCGGUGGCUGCCAAGCAGUCGGGUCAGUGCCAGGUAGCCUCGGAGGCUCCGAUCCGGAACGUCAGCUACGGCUCGAAGCCGAGCUACUCGGCUCAGGUCUCGUCGGCCGGGACCGAAUCGGACAGGGCUUCCGCCGCCGCGGGCCACGAGGUUGAGGAUACGAUCAGCGAAGCUAGGGAUUCGAAGGUGUUUGGCGGCGGCGUGUGCGGCAGCUUGGCUGGGAUUUUGUACAAGUGGGUGAACUACGGGAAGGGGUGGCGGUCGCGGUGGUUUGUGCUCGAAGACGGCGUGUUUUCGUACUACAAGGUUCAUGGACCGGACAAGAUUUUGGUUAGCCAGGUGAGAGAGAAGGGAUUGAGGGUGAUCGGAGAGAACUCGCUGAGGUACAUGAAGAAGGCGAAUUGGGGCAGUAAUCGGCUCGGAGGUCCGGCGGCGAGGCCGUGGAAGCCUUUCGGAGAAGUGCAUUUGAAGGUCUCUUCAAUUCGUGCCAGCAAAUCAGAUGAUAAACGGCUUUCCAUAUUCACAGGAACUAAAACUCUUCAUUUGCGGUGUGUGACCAGAGAGGACCGAGCUACAUGGAUCGAGGCACUGCUGGGUGCUAAAGAUCUUUUCCCUAGAGUGUUUACGAGCAAUGAUUUGGUACCUUCGGAAGAUAUAGUUGUUUCAACAGAGAAGCUAAGACUAAGAUUAGCACAGGAGGGAAUUGGUGAGCCGGUGAUCAAAGACUGCGAGUCAAUUAUGCUCUUAGAAGUGUCAGAGCUUCAAAAUCAGUUGAAGGGUCUUCGGCGUAAACAUGUGAUGCUGUUGGAGUCAUUGAGGCAAUUAGAGACAGAAAAAAUAGAGCUGGAAACUACAGUAGUGGAUGAAACAAAGGAGCGUGAGUCAUAUGGACAGGGGAAUGGGAGAUUUAGUGAUUUCUACUCCGUCUUAUCUGAGGGCAGUGCAAGUGAUUCCGAUGCAGAUAACGAAAGUCAAGAUGGGGCAGAUGUUGAAACAGACGAAGAUGAAGGAACAUAUUUCGAUACACAUGACAUUUUGUCUUCAGAAGCUCUAAGAAGUGCUUCCUAUCGGAGUAGAGAAGGCUUGGGAAAUGAUGCUCAAAGAAGUGCUUCCUGUCGGAGCAAGGAAGGUUUGGGAAAUGGUUGUAUAUUUGAAAGAGAUUCUUUCUUUUCUGGUCGAUUGCAUGGAGUUGAGGAGAUCAAGACAAUUAAAUAUCCAUAUGUGAAAAGGAGGGAUGAUUUGCCAGAACCCAAGGAGAAAGAGAAGCAUAUUGGCUUGUGGUCGAUUAUCAAGGAUAAUAUUGGGAAGGACUUGUCUGGAGUUUGUCUUCCUGUUUAUUUUAAUGAACCACUCUCAUCGUUGCAAAAGUGCUUUGAAGAUCUCGAAUAUUCAAACUUGGUUGAUCGAGCAUCAGAAUGGGGAAAGCAGGGGAAUGAUUUAAUGAGAAUUCUAAACGUUGCAGCUUUUGCUGUAUCUGGCUAUGCAUCAACAGAAGGUCGGCAGUGCAAACCCUUUAAUCCUCUCCUCGGGGAGACCUAUGAGGCUGACUAUCCAGAUAAAGGACUUCGUUUUUUCUCUGAAAAGGUGAGUCACCACCCAAUGGUUGUUGCUUGUCAUUGUGAAGGAAGAGGUUGGAAAUUCUGGGCGGAAUCCAAUCUCAAAGGCAAGUUUUGGGGGCGUUCUAUUCAGCUUGAUCCUGUGGGUACCCUUUCCUUGCAGUUUGAGGACGGGGAGACAUUUCAGUGGAGCAAGGUCACUACCUCUAUAUACAAUAUCAUACUAGGAAAAAUUUAUUGUGACCACUACGGCACCAUGCGCAUCAGGGGCAGUGGCAAUUAUUCCUGCAAGCUGAAGUUCAAGGAGCAGUCUAUCAUAGACCGAAAUCCACAUCAGGUUCAUGGAUUUGUUCAAGACAAUAGAACUGGAGAGAAUGUAGCAAUGUUGGUGGGUAAGUGGGACGAGGCAAUGUACUAUGUGCUGGGAGAUCCAACUACAAAACCAAAUGGUUAUGAUCCAAUGACAGAGGCUGUGCUUCUCUGGGAAAGAGAUGACUAUGUUACCAAGACAAGAUACAAUUUCUCCCCUUUUGCAAUUUCCCUUAAUGAACUGACACCUGGCUUAUUGGAGAAGUUACCGCCGACGGACUCAAGGCUAAGGCCAGAUCAAAGGCAUUUGGAGAAUGGUGAAUAUGAAUUGGCAAAUGCAGAGAAGCUAAGACUUGAACAGCUUCAAAGACAGGCAAGAAAGUUGCAAGAGAGAGGGUGGCAGCCAAGAUGGUUUCGGAAAGACGAGGAGGGUUGUUAUAGUUAUGUGGGAGGGUAUUGGGAAACUAGGGAGAAGAACUGGGAUGGAAUUCCUGAUAUUUUUGGCCAGCGUAGCGAUUUGCCUUCGUGUUCUGGUGAAGAGUAAGGCAUCUCUUGGCCCGACCUUUGUUGUAUUAGAUUACGGUUAUCUUUCGCUUCUUCCACCCUAAAUCCGAGUUUAAUGUAGGCUGUGUUGUAUAGAAAAAAACCCUUGGGGCCGUAAUGAUAGUUUGCUAAUGGUUUCUGUC